GCCCCCAGCGCGGCGCUUCAUGGAGCGGCCCCGGCCCGGCCGCCGGGGGCAGCGCGAUCCCGCGGGGCCCUGUGAGCCCCCAGCGCCACGGCACCAUGUUGCUGGUUGAGAAGACGACGGACUCACCGGCGGCCGAGUUCUCGCUGGUGGAGGAUGUGGCGCUGCACUUCGCCUGCUUGAUGGGCCGCCUGAACGAGCAGCGCCUCUUCCAGCCUGACCUGUGCGACGUGGACCUGGUGCUGGUGCCCCAGCGCAGCGUCUUCCCGGCCCACAAGGGCGUGCUGGCCGCCUACAGCCAGUUCUUCCACUCGCUCUUCACCCAGAACAAGCAGCUGCAGCGCGUGGAGCUGUCCCUGGAGGCGCUGGCGCCCGGCGGCCUGCAGCAGAUCCUCAACUUCAUCUACACGUCCAAGCUGCUGGUCAACGCGGCCAACGUCCACGAGGUGCUCAGCGCCGCCUCGCUGCUGCAGAUGGCCGACAUCGCCGCGUCCUGCCAGGAGCUGCUGGACGCCCGCUCCCUCGGCCCCCCGGGCCCCGGCGCCGUGGCCCUUGCCCAGCCGGCCGCCAGCUGCACCCCGGCCGCACCGCCCUACUACUGUGACAUCAAGCAGGAGGCCGACGCCCCGGGCCUGCCCAAGAUCUACGCCCGUGAGGGCCCUGACCCCUACUCGGUGCGCGUUGAGGAUGGGGCUGGGGCCACAGGUGGCACGGUGCCUGCCACCAUCGGGCCGGCUCAGCCCUUCUUCAAGGAGGAGGAGAAGGAGGGUGGCGUCGAGGAGGCCGGCCGGCCCCCGGCCAGCUUGUGCAAGCUGGAGGGGGGGGAGGAGCUGGAGGAGGAGCUUGGGGGUUCCGGCGCCUACGGUCACCGGGAGCAGUCCCAGAUCAUCGUGGAGGUGAACCUCAACAACCAGACGCUGCACGUGUCCACAGGGCCUGAGGGGAAGCCGGGCGCUGCCACAGGCCCGGCCACCAUGGUGCUGGGCGGGGAGGACGGGCUGCAGAGACACUCGGAGGAGGAGGAGGCCGACGAGGAGGAGGAGGAGGAAGAGGAGGAGGAGGAAGAGGAGGGCGGUGGCAGUGGAGGGGAGGAGGAGGAGGAGGAGGAGGAGGAGGGCGGCAGUCAGGGAGAGGAGGAUGAGGAGGAGGAGGAGGAGGGGCACAGCGAGCCGGAUCAGGAGGAGGAGCAGGAGGAAGGGCACAGCGAGCCGGACCAGGAGAGCUCGGAGGAGGAGGAGGAGGGGGAGGAGGAGGAGGAGGACGGGGGGGCGGGGGGCAGGCAGGGGCCAGGGGGCCGCGGCAGUGGGGCAGACCCCCCUCCCCACAGUCGCAUGGCAACGCGGUCUGCCCGGCGCCGGGGCCUCCCUGAACCUGAGGAGGCCGGGCGGCAGGGUGGGAAGCGGCCAAAGCCACCUGCAGGAGUGGCUCCUGCCCCAGCCCGAGGGCCACAGGCCGCUGACGGUCUGGGGGCCAAGGUGAAGCUGGAGGAGAAGCAGCACCAUCCAUGCCAGAAGUGCCCGCGUGUUUUCAACAACCGCUGGUACCUGGAGAAGCACAUGAACGUGACCCACAGCCGCAUGCAGAUCUGCGACCAGUGCGGCAAGCGCUUCCUGCUAGAGAGCGAGCUGCUGCUGCACCGGCAGACAGACUGCGAGCGCAACAUCCAGUGUGUGACGUGUGGCAAAGCUUUUAAGAAGCUCUGGUCCCUCCACGAGCACAAUAAGAUUGUGCACGGCUACGCAGAAAAGAAGUUCUCCUGUGAGAUUUGUGAGAAGAAGUUCUACACCAUGGCUCACGUGCGCAAGCACAUGGUCGCCCACACCAAGGACAUGCCCUUCACCUGCGAGACCUGUGGGAAGUCCUUCAAACGCAGCAUGUCUCUCAAGGUGCACUCACUGCAGCACUCCGGGGAGAAGCCGUUCAGAUGCGAGAACUGCAAUGAGCGUUUCCAGUACAAGUACCAGCUGCGGUCACACAUGAGCAUCCACAUCGGCCACAAGCAGUUCAUGUGCCAGUGGUGUGGCAAGGACUUCAACAUGAAGCAGUACUUUGAUGAGCACAUGAAAACCCACACAGGGGAGAAGCCGUACAUCUGCGAGAUCUGCGGCAAGAGCUUCACCAGCCGGCCCAACAUGAAGCGGCACCGGCGCACGCACACCGGCGAGAAGCCCUACCCCUGCGACGUGUGCGGCCAGCGCUUCCGCUUCUCCAACAUGCUCAAGGCGCACAAAGAGAAGUGCUUCCGCGUCAGCCACCCCCUGGCCGGCGACAGCGCCCCCGCAGCCCCGGGCCUGCCCCCCGCCCCGCCCCAGGCCCUCCCCCUGCUGUCCGGGCUGCCCCAGACCCUGCCGCCCCCGCCGCCGCUCUUCCCCACCGCUGCCAGCCCCGGCGGGAGGCUGAACACCAACAACUAACUGCCUGCUGCACGGGGCCCAGGACCCUCCACUCGUCGUGGAGCGGGGCGGGGGGAGCAACACCUCCGGAGUUGGCUGGACACGCUCUGCCCGGGGCCCCUGACCCUGGGGGCUGUGCAGGCUGGCAGCCCCCAGAGCUGGCGGAGGACACCUCGCUCCCAAGUGCCCCCUUUCAGCGGCUCCUUGAAGCCUUUACUUUUUGUCUGUUUGUUUGUUUUUUGGAAGUGAAGGAAAACGAAAAGAGAGGAAACUCUUGACAGCAUCCCCCUCCAGGUGAGGGGGGCGCUGGAGGCAGCAGGUACGGGUGGGGAGGGACCUGGGGAGCAGGUGUGACUGGUCACUCCGCCGAGGCCUCAGCCAGAGGGGCGUGGCCAGGCCCAGCCCAGGUCACCUUCAGCUGCUCAUCCCCGCCCCUCCUGGGCCCCCUCACUUGCCCCUCAUCCCGGAGGGUUUGGGGAAAAGUUGGGGUGCCGUCCCCCUUUGGAGGACUUGUGGGCCCACCGUGAGGGCUGCGGAUGCCGAGGCAGGGACUUGGGCCCGGACGCGGG